UUGUCCUGUUUUAACUGAAUUUCCUCAACGUUCAGUUUAUCGCCCUGACAUUGAAUCUUGAAAGAUAUCACUAGAAACAUCUGAUACCUACUCGUCACCCAAGAUGACUAUCUCAUUCACUAAAGCACUUCUUCUCUUGACGAGCGCUGUGGCGCUUACCACCGCAAACCCGAUUCCAGACGAAGCACAUAACACAACAUCUGCCGACAUGGGGAUUCUGGCCAAGCCGGACUUCUUCUGCAAUGACAAUGAACUUAGCAAGAAGUGCCGAGGCCCUCCCUAUAACUUUCGAUGCACCAAUGACAACCACAUCAAUUACGACGAACCUUAUUAUCAGUGCAGGGACAAGACAAGGUGCUCUUGUCACUAUCCAUGCAACAAUAUCAAGAUCUGUUAAUCACCUGAGGAUUGUGUGAAGAGGCCUGGACAGGAUUGGGUUGUAUGUCUAUCGAGUUCUACCCGAGAUGAAGUCUAGCGUGAUGUUGUACGCUCAGUCGUUAUUCAUUGCGCGGGAUGUAACGUUGGGAAGUUGAGUCAGGCACCAGGGACAAGUCAUCAACACAUGGUAAUCGAUUAGUCUAAAUAAAUAGAUAGUUACUGGGAUAGUUCAAAUGUGAAAGAUUAUCUCACAAUUAUACACAA